GAAACAUUCUUAAAUUAGCGAAACCGCAUGAUGCAGCGCCUUGGUUAAUUACUAAUCAAUCAAAACAAAUCAUAACAUAGCAUUCUUCAGAUUAUGCCUUUUUGGUAUAUAUAUAAUCCACAUCCUUUGUCCCAAAAAACAACUUAAACCAAACUCAUAAUCAAAAAACAUGGCUUCAAGAAAACCAAAGGCCAAACCGGUUAAUCGUCAAUCUGUGAGGCACCAGAGUCACAAUCAUCCUUUGCGUGUCUUUAAAGCCAAAGAAGACGACGAGACCGUUUGCUCUGGAUGCGAGCUCGAGCUAAUCGGGCAAGCUUUCAAGUGUACAAAGUCGGAAUGCGAUUACUUAUUGCACAAGUCAUGUUUCGACCUUCCUAGUGAGAUCAAUCACAAGUCUCACCAGGACCACCCUUUGACCUUGCUUUAUUCCCCACCAGAUGAAGAAUCUGUCUACACCUGCGACGCAUGUGACCAAUACGGAUCUGGAUUCACUUACCAUUGCACUAACUGCAAGUACAAUCUUCAUGUGGGAUGUGCAUCUCUCCCUGAAACCAUAGAGCGUGAAGAUCAUGAACAUCCACUCACUCUUCUUUAUUGCACACCGUGUAAAGGUCGUGAAGAUACGACCUACGUUUGUAGCGCUUGUGAAGAGACUGUUUUGGAAGAUCUAUGGGUGUAUCACUGCAGAGAAUGUGACUAUGGAACACAUGUACAUUCAUGUGUUGCAUACGAAGAUCAAGAAGAAGAUGAGGAGGAAGAAGAAGAAGAAGGAGAAGGAGAAGACAGUAGUUCUCCAGCUUCUAGGAUAAAGUCGUUGAUGAAAGCUCAGGAUGAGAUGGCAGCUAUGCAGCUAGAGGCACGUAUUAUGAAUGAUGCGAACGAGGCUGCGCUUGAUCUUUGGGAUCAUCCAAAGCGGAGAUACUAUUGGUAAAUCGGUGAUUAACAAGGAAUACUAUAUAUAUAUGAAGAUGUGUAAUUGUUUCUUUCUUUGAAAAAAAUUGUUUCGGAAUAGAAACCAAUAGAUAAAGGCUCUCUUUCUUGUUUUCUUUUUUUGGGGUGAAAAUUUUAAGUUGUUUGGUUCUUGUGUUAUUUGUGUGUGUGUGUUUUUGUAAUCUUGUUCUCAAAAAAGAA